CAGGAUCCGAAAGAUGUGCACCCGCGCGACCAAGGGGCUGCUGAAGGACCGCCUCUUCUCCGGCAUCUUCGUGUGUUUGACCAUUUAUGCAUUGGUGGCGAUCGACCUGGAAACCAUUUACGGUGACAAAGAUUCCGAGCUCGUCGUCAGCGUAAUCACCACGGUCGUCUUCUUUUCCUUCCUGGUGGAGUUUUCGCUCUUCUCGCUCGCCAAGGCGAACUACGUCGGCAGGCUGCCGUUCUGGCUAGACCUCCUGGCGGUGGCGUCCCUUUUUCCUGACACCUACGUGUUCAAGCACGUUAUGUUCCCGAACUCCCAGCCGUCCUUGGCGCAGGCAAAGGCGGCAGCCCGCGCAACCCGGACUUUUCGCAUCAACCGCGUCAUACGGAUCAUCAGGGUCGUCACGCUGGUCCCGCGGAUGGCUGACACCUUCCUGAAGCGCUCGAAUGUCGACCAGGUGCGGAGGGUGUUGCGCCAGAAGCUCCAGCGCGUCUUCAUGGCCGUCGACCUUGACGUCGCAGGCACUGUGCCACGGUCUACGCUGCAACUUUGCCACGACCAUAUACGAGGAGAAGAGACCCGCAGGAGAGGUCCGCGGUUUUCGAGGAGCAGCACACGCACUGCGUUAGGGGCCAGCCUUCGCAGACUGGAGACUCGCACGACCUUGAACGGCGUGACAAUCCCGGACGCGUCGGACGCCGUUGUCGAUGAGCCCAUCGGAGACGAAGCGGUGGACUUCGAGACGUUUCAGAAUGAGCUUCUGCAUGACGAACUGGUCGCUGCAUACCUGCGCAGCUCGUGUCAGCGCCAGCUGAAAAAGGGCAACAACAUGGCAAACAUCGGCAUGCGGCAGCUUGAGGACAUCAGCAUGAAGGUGGCCGUGGGCGUGUUGGCGAUGAUGGUUGUGUUGAAUGUGUUGACGCCCGUGGAGCAGGACACCGCCCUGCAGAAUGGGCUGGCGUUCAUGGACGCCGAGGUGGAGUGGAAGCUGGCGUCCCAGCUUUAUAAUUCUUCGGUGCCAGAGUUUGUGACGGACCACAUCGAGGUGUGGAUGCAGAAUUGGCCGAGCGAGGACUUUGAGUUGGUUUACCUUGACUUGGACAAGCGCGUGUUCUGCAACGAGUUCCGAGAACAUGGGCAGAGGUGCGAUCCUCUGGUCCUGGACUCUCCCCGUUAUUGGUCAGAGCGCUUGUCCCUGACUGAUAUCGACGAGGACAUGUUCUCCUCGCAGUACAGACUACGUGAUCUUUCUUUUCAUACUUGGCCAGACCUGGAAGCCAGCCUCUCUGAGGAGGAGGUGAACAGUCUCACCAGCGCGGUGGCCGUGGUCAACGUGCGGGGGACCAUCAACAUGCAGUCCACCCAGCUGUUGCUGACCACCGGCGUCGUUGUAGUGAUCAUUAUGUUGGGCUUCACCUCCAUCGCGAGGGACAUGAUCAGCUUGCGCAGGAGCCUCCUCCAGCCGCUGCGGAACCUGGCGGACGAGAUGCAGAGCAUCACCCAGCGGCAGCUCGCUGGGGUGACGACCUCCUUCUCGU